UUACUUCCUCAUACUCACAAGUAAACGUCUCACCUAAACACAAGGCUAGCAGAACCCUUCCUAGUUCUUUUGUUGCUUUUUUUUGUUCUACAGCUGGCAGUGCUAGCAGGGUGUGAUUUGUCAUCACUGUUUUGUCUUCCUCCCUCACACACUGAGAUCCUGACUCAUGCACUCAUCCAGACUUUGAGAAAGAGGAACUCAUGUGAGGACUGAGAAUGGGGUCAGACGAGGCCUACAACUUUGUCUUUAAAGUGGUUCUGAUUGGGGAAUCAGGUGUUGGCAAGAGCAACUUGCUUUCACGCUUCACCAAGAAUGAGUUCAAUCAUGACAGCAGGACGACCAUUGGUGUUGAGUUCAGUACAAGAACCAUGCAGCUGAAUGGCCUCACUAUUAAAGCCCAGAUUUGGGACACGGCCGGACUGGAACGGUAUCGAGCCAUAACCUCGGCUUAUUACAGGGGUGCAGUUGGAGCACUGCUAGUUUAUGACAUUUCAAAGCACAUGACCUACCAGAGUGCCGAGCGCUGGCUAAAAGAGCUUUACGACCAUGCCGACCCACACAUUGUGGUCAUGCUGGUCGGCAACAAAUCAGACUUAGCAUCUGAGCGAGCUGUGCCGACAGAGGAUGCAAAAAGCUUUGCAGAAAAGAACGGGUUGCUGUUCAUGGAAACUUCAGCCCUGGAAUCAACAAAUGUUGAGGCAGCAUUCAACAACGUCCUCAUGGAAAUCCACAAGAAAGUUAGCAGCAAAGAAGUAACCCGUGGGUCAGUCAAUGCUGUGUCUCUUUCCAAUCCCACUGCUAUACCAGCUGACACUGAGGAGGAGAGAAAGCCAUGUUGUAAGAAUUUGUAAGAAAGCAAACACAUGUGAGGACUCAAGAGCAUCACUUCUCUUCCCCUGCAUCGUGCUUGGAGGAACAUAAGCAAUCAUUUUUAAUAUCCAAAGAACCACUGCUUGUUGACUGACAUGGGCCAUAGGUAUUUCUUACACUGUGUGGCUAGUAUGCAACUAUCAUGAGAAAGUAUUCUUGUGCAUGUUUUAGUUUUAAUUUCUGUUUAAAUGUUUUUUUCUCUCUAAACAAUCUCUUGCAUCUUGCAAUUUGAAAUUAUGAACUUCUGAAAAAUGUUAUUUAUGUAAUGGUACAUUUCCUUUUAAUCAUUUUAUAGGACUUGAUACUGUUUAUUAACAAUGUUACACUAAAAGUGGUAAAAACCUUAAAACACUAUUUUCAA